AUGGCGCACGCGCCGUUCGCCCGCCCGCCGCGGAAACGAGCCCCGGCCUGCGCAGGCCCUGCCCCCUCGGCUGAAACCCCGCCCCACACGGCACGCCCCUUCCGCCGGCGCGGGGACCCGGGGGCUCGCGACCUGGGGCUGGGACUCCUGCCGCGCGCACCACCCCCGGACCGGCCCGGGCUCCGGGCCCCCCACUCCCCGGUCCCCCUGCACCCCAAGACCCUGCCCACCUCGGGGCCCCCUGCGCGCCCCAAGAGUCCCGGGCCCCGGGACCCCUGCGCCCCGAGAGCUCCGCGCACCCCGGGACCCCCGCGCGCCCCGAGAAUCCCUGGCUUUGGGACUCCUGCGCCCCGAAACCCCUGCUCCCCAAGAGCCCCACGCCCCGGGACCCCGGCGCGCCCCGAGAGCCUGCGCACCCGGGGCCCCGUACACUCUACGCGCCCUCUGGCUGUAAGGGGCCCUGCCUGGGGCGCGCUGCCACUUGCUGAACCGACUUUGGGUGUCGCCUUUGCGAGCUGUCGUCGUUCCGGUGCCGAGACGCGCGGCCUGAGCGGUUCCCGGGACUCAUGUGCCUGUCAUCUUGCAGCGAGAGAGAAGCAGGAAGUUGGACGUGAUAAACUGUGCGUCAAGGGAGCCCAAAGGUGGACCCGCACGACGGGGGAGACCAGACCCUCCCCGGCGAACUGUGGAAGAACAGGCUCUGAAGAACCCUUGGAAAUGGAUCGCUCGUCUUUAAAAUGGAAACGUACCCUUGAGGGUUAGCUCAGAGCCAGCAGCGGCCCGGGGCCUCCUGAAGCCUGAUGUUCCAGAACCCCAGGGCCCGUCGGCACGGAGAGAGGGCACGGGCCCCAGGCCAUGGUCACCCUCCUCACCGAGAAGCUGCGGAACCAGAGCCUGGAGGACCUCGGCCGCAAGAGCUACGAUGCC